GGCUCUUAUUGUGAAAGCGAGAGGAGGCCGGCACAAUGCUUAGUCACGGUGAGUAGCCUACAGCUUUCCCCCCCUCCUUCCUAUGUGGCGCACAGCUCGGCAGACCGCGAUGGAGGAAUUGAACUAGACAACUUGUCAGUUGAGCCAAAGCUUCCUGCUAAACACAGCGGCGCAAACAGAUUCCAUAGCUGGACAACCUCGAGGAAGGCGUCUCCGGAGAAAGCCACCGAACACCUCCCCAUUCCCAAGGACUCCAAGUUACACUUACGACACUUUUGGCACUCUACCCUGUUUUUGUUUUUUUUUGUCCUUUUCAGAGUUGAAAAGCCUUCUCCUGCCUCAUCUAAAGUAACCAAAUCUACAGUGUAGCACUCUGAAGGGAGCUUUAAUUAAUAACUCUUUUUAAAAUGGAGUAAAUCUGAUUCUUAUUUUCCAUCACUAGAGUUAGCAAUAUGCAAGAUUGACCAGUACAUGUGGUGAAUCUGGCAAGCAUUUAGAUGUAUGUUCAGUUUGUACUAUCAUAAAAAACGAUCUCUACCUGUUAUUCUGUUUAUUAUUAACCCCGCUGCCAAAGUCAGAGGAAUCCUGAACUCGAGACAUUUUGAUUACGUUGGAACUGCAACAUGUAAGAAUACAACCAGCUACAACUGGCAGCUCACGUAGAAGUCUCUGGUAAUGCCAUAAUGAGCAGUAUGUCUGGACUCAAGUACUGAACAGAGCAAGGAAAUCAUUUCCACAUAAACAAAAAUAAGGCCUACCCAGAGGUGCCUGGAGCUUUCUGGUAAGCCGUCUACCAAGUGUCCGUUCAAACUUCAUCUUUUAUUUCACCCACGCCUGCGCAUGGUGCAAGAUGCCCCAUAACACCGCCUGCUUUUCUUGAGAAAGAGACCAGGAAGGAGGAGACAGGGUGGGAAAUGACAGAGUGCAUGACAGAAUGCAAAGCGCUGGUGACUCCGUCCACGCGCAACGGCCACCGCGUCUUCAGCUACACGCUAGAGAGCCACACGGCGGCCGCCUUCGCCAUCAUGAACGAGCUGCGCCUGGAGCGUCAGCUGUGCGACGUCACGCUGCGUGUGCGCUACAAAGACCUGGAGGCGGUGGACUUUGUGGCUCACAAGGUGGUGUUGGCCUCCUCGUCCCCGGUCUUCAGGGCCAUGUUCACCAACGGCCUGAAGGAGUGCGGUAUGGAAUCGGUGCCCAUCGAGGGCAUCCAUCCCAGGGUUAUGGACCGGCUGAUAGAGUUUGCCUAUACAGCCAGCAUCUCUGUGGGGGAGAAGUGUGUGAUUCACGUGAUGAAUGGUGCUGUCAUGUACCAGAUAGACAGUGUUGUCAAGGCCUGCUGUGAUUUCCUCGUCCAGCAGCUCGACCCCAGCAACGCCAUCGGCAUCGCCAACUUUGCCGAGCAGAUCGCUUGCACGGAGCUCCACCAGAAGGCCCGUGAAUAUAUCUACAUGAACUUUAGCCAGGUGGCAACCCAAGAGGAGUUCUUCAACCUGUCCCACUGCCAGCUGGUCACCCUCAUCAGCCGCGAUGAGCUCAAUGUGCGCUGCGAGUCCGAAGUCUUCCAGGCAUGUGUGGCCUGGGUGCGCUACGACCGGGAGAAUCGGCGACCAUACGUCCAGGCGUUACUCCAGGCUGUCCGCUGCCACUCCCUCACCCCCAACUUCCUGCAGGCCCAGCUCCAGUCUCUGGACUGGGACCCCCAGUGUAAAGACUACCUGGCCCAGAUCUUCCAGGACCUCACCCUCCAUAAACCCACCAAAGUAAUUUCUUGCCGAACACCCAAGGUGCCACAGCUCAUCUACACAGCAGGGGGUUAUUUCCGCCAGUCCCUCAGCUACCUGGAGGCGUAUAAUCCCUGUUCAGGAGCCUGGCUGAGGCUGGCUGACCUGCAGGUACCACGCAGUGGCCUAGCAGCCUGCGUGAUCAGUGGGCUUUUCUACGCUGUUGGUGGAAGAAACAACGCGCCUGAUGGCAACAUGGACUCGAAUGCAUUGGACUGCUACAAUCCCAUGAACAACUGCUGGCUGCCGUGUGCACCAAUGAGUGUUCCCAGGAACCGAAUCGGAGUUGGUGUUAUUGAUGGCAUGAUAUAUGCCGUUGGUGGAUCACAUGGGUGCAUUCAUCACAAUAGUGUUGAAAGGUAUGAUCCAGAAAGGGACCAGUGGCACCUGGUAGCCACCAUGUUGACACGGCGGAUCGGUGUGGGUGUUGCAGUCAUCAACCGGCUGCUUUACGCCGUAGGGGGGUUUGAUGGGGCAAACCGGCUCAGCUCCUGUGAGUGCUACAACCCUGAGAGGGACGAAUGGAGGACCAUGGCCCCAAUGAACACUGUGCGCUCCGGAGCUGGUGUGUGCGCACUGGGGAAUCAAAUCUUCGUGAUGGGCGGCUACGAUGGCACUAACCAGCUGAACACAGUGGAGCGCUACGAUGUGGAAACUGAUACAUGGGCCUUUGCUGCCUCCAUGAGGCACCGACGCAGUGCUCUGGGAGUCACUGCAUUACAUGGACUCAUCUAUGUAUUGGGAGGUUAUGAUGGAAACACUUUCCUGGACAGUGUGGAGUGUUAUGACCCUGAGAAGGACACCUGGUCUGAGGUGACACACAUGACGUCAGGGCGUAGUGGCGUGGGUGUGGCAGUUACCAUGGAGCCGUGCCAGAAAGAACUGCCACGGUGUCAGGAGGCUGAGAAUGAGAGUGGUGCUGCCUCAACUUAUCAGUCUACCUACUCCAGUUUUAGCUCUUACCACAAUCAGCGGCACGGAGGGCCCUUCGGCAAAGGCGCAUGAGGCUCAUCGCUUGACCAUGUCAAGCAUGCACACAAAAUCUCACGCACACACACACACAGACAGACGAGCGCCCCAAAACUCCACUCUGUCUUCCCAAAUCAAAAGAAAGCCCCUCAAAACUGAUUGGACAGAGGUGAGCUAAAACACCACGUGCUGCCGGACCUGCUGGUUCUAGAGAUCACACUUGAUAUAAAGCAAAAAUUGUAAAUCGGUAACACUUUAUUUUGAAAGUGCAAUGUUAAAGUGACAAAAAAGUAAUUUGAGUAUCUGCAUUGGACUAUCCAAAUCUAGUAUGACCCAAGAUCCUACAGUCCAUCUUUCUAGACCUGACAUUUUAUUAAUUUGUUUGGUAAAUUGGGUUUGGCCUGUCUGUGUUUUUAGAGAAUUUAAGUUAUCAGUCAGACCAUCUCCCAGGUUUGAGUCUUGGGAGGAAAGGGCUGCAUACAAAGGGGGCCAUUUACUGGCUCAAAGAGUCAUGGGGGGGUCUUUAUACUUCAAGCAAAAGUUAAAUCGGGGGGGGGGGGGGGGAAUAAUUCAAAUGAUCCCAUUUAUGUAACCAAAACAGACCCAAAAAAGUUGCAUUUGUUAGCAUAGGCAGUAGAGUUCAAAGUGCCAUUACUAUGCCUGUUGGCAUUACUCUCAUCAGUAUAUUGAAUUAAGGGUGCUUUGAUGGAAAGGCACAGACAGUCUCUGUGUGGUGUGUAGAAAUUGUUAAAGUUUACCCAGACAGCCACAAGAGGAAGCUCAUACAUGAGAUUGGGCCUCAUGCAAGAACAUUGGCUGUUUCCUUAUCUUAAAGCUCUUACUUUUUGUACUUGUUUUGCUUUUACGUAGUCUGGCUCAACAGAUGUACAUUGCUGGAAUUUCCCUCCCCCUCUGCUAUUAAUUUUGCAAGGGCGCUGCGCUGCUUCUGGGGCUUAGCACCGCCAAGGGUGGUUGUGAUUGGUUUACAGAAGUACAAACAA